AUGUCAGCAACUAAAGAGUUGGAACUUGUAAACGAAUUAGAAGAAAAGAUAAAAGAAAUAUUAAAUGAUGACAUCUUGAGUGAUGUACCUACUUUUCCAACUCUAGAAGAACUUGAUGCUUUAAUUGCAAUAGAAAAGGGUCAAGCUUAUCGCGUCACCAUUGAAAGGCCUCCAUUACCUUCAUUCCGCAUUAUCGUUCAACAAUCCUCAACUGUACGAGAUAUAAAAAAGUUAAUUAAACUACAGGUAGAACGUAUAGAAAAAAAUGAGCACUCUGGACGAAAAAGAAAAAUAAGUUGGAAAUAUAUUUGGCACUCUUACUGUCUUUUAUUUUCAAAUAAAAGACUAUUAGAAGAUGAUGCCGUUGUGAGUCAAUUGGGCAUUAAACAAAAUAGUGUAUUAAGGUUUACAAGAAGGGUUCAUGAAAAAGGACAGCAUAGAAAAGCACAAAGAUAUUAA